GUAUUCACUCUGCCUUUGUAUUUCGGUAUGUCACUCGAAUUGCUGGUUUACAAAAAUGACAGUGGCUCACAUCAAAAUCAGCUGUCACUAACUUCAGUACGUUCUGUCAGAUUCAAAUCAAUCAAAUUCAUCAGUUUUGGUUUUUCUGUUUUCUAAAUUUUGAUUUUGUUUAAUUUUACUUUAUUUUUGGUGAACGCUUUGAAAAUUACAGGAGAACUAAAGCAAAAUGCCGGUAUACUGUUCUGUUCCACAAUGUACGACGAAAGGUACAGGUGGGAUGCACCGAUUUCCUGCUGAUCCACAACUGAAACGGAAGUGGAUGGAUGUAACAAGAACGCAACAUCUGCAAGAUUCCAAAAGCUGUAGAAUUUGUCGCAAACAUUUCAAAGAUAGCGAUUUAUUAGUCGACCAGGAUGGAAAAAGAAUAUUAGCCCCGAAUGCAGUGCCCAGUUUGUGUUUACCAAUGUCAUUUAUCUGGGAUCAUUCAUAUCAUGUGGUGGGUCGGUCCACCAAAAAAACGACAUUUUAAGCGAUUGAAGAUAACUGGUCCAGGGGCUAACAUCUCAGAUGAUAACAUUGGAAAUGAAAUUGAAGUUGGCGCAGCCAGGCCAGACAAAAGUGCUAGUGUCGGUUCUUACAAAGACAUGGAAUUUUUACGGUCGUUGGAAGAGAAAAUACUUCAACAGAAAAAGGAAAACUUGGCACUAUCACGGAGACUAAAGAAUAAAACCGCACAAUUGAAAAGACUUCAACGGAAAUCGAAAACUCACAAAUUAGACGAUGGUCAAGUGUUGGCAUAUCUCAGUAAUGUUAAAAAGUACAGCAGUGCUCAAAUUCAGUUUACCGAGAUGCAACUUCGAAAUUCUAGUCGAAAUCCUCACGGUCGAAGAUAUAAACCGAAAGAGAAGAGUAUGUGUUUGGCCAUGUACAAAAGUGGACCUAGAUCAUACCGGUUUAAGGAAAACAACAAAAUCAUGGUGCUUCCAUCUUUAAGCACUCUGACCCGGCAUAGUGCGAAGAUGAUCUUUCGUACAGGUAUCGUACCCCAGCUAUUUUCGUUUAUAAAAGAAAAAGUGAAGGAUUGGACGGAAAAGGAACUAUUAUGUUCCUUUGGCUUUGAUGAGACUGCGUUGAAGUCAAUACUGGAAUACAGCAGCACCGAUGAUGAAAUUAUUGGAUUCGUUGAAAUGGGUGGAAUCAGGCGACCCAUUUUUGCAACGCACUCAUUAACCUUUAUGGUACGAGGCAUAUACCGUCCAUUCAAACAACCGGUAGCUUAUUUUUACACCCACGGUCUGAAGUCACAUGAAUUGGCUGAGCUCAUCUUACUUGUGUUAGAGGCUGUUUUUUCCACUGGCCUCAAUGUUAUACAUUCUGUGAGCGACCAGGUGGUAACCAACGAAUCAGCUAUACAUCGCUUGAUGGAUCGCCACUUUGUAAGAUCUCCCGGUUGUUUGUUAAAAUACAAGGUUUGUGACAAAACUAUAAUACACGGUUACGAUGCACCACAUUGGCUUAAAGUUGUCCGCAACAACUUGCAAGUCAAAAACUUCAAACAUUUUAUAAGUGAACGAUGGAACAUAUCAACCCCAAAAAUUUACGGAAAAUCACAAGUGGCUUCAUGGGAUGACGUCGAAAGCGUUUAUGAUCAAGACAAAACUGGAUGCCCCCGUCUCUUGCCAAACAUAAACGGUGAACACAUAAAGCCGGAGAGACUUAAAAUGAAAGUUUGUGUAGCAACUCAAGUUUUCAGUCAAAAAUAUAGCAACGUCAUGGAGGACUUCGCGGACAGGAAACUCAUACGAGACAGCUCGCGCGAAACUGCUCGAAUGUUACUAUUUUUCAAUGACUUGUUCGAUAGCGUGAACGGAUCUGGUCCAGCGCAAAUUGCGAGACUGAAAGGAUCCAUAAAUGAACGUUCAGUCCAUUUUGUAUUUUGGGACUGGGCGUUAUUCAUGUUGUCGAAAAUGGAUUUCAUCGAUAAAGUAUCGGGAGAAGUCAAUCACCAUUCAACAGUCAUAAACAAGAUCCAGUCCACCAUCAGAGGAUACCAAGAAGUCACGAGGAUAUGUUUAAAUAGUAAUAUAGAAGAAGUUUCUUUAAGGUAUUUCAAGUUUUCAGUCUUAAACAUAUUUUGAGUCUAGUAAAUACUCGGAUGCCACACCUUCUAGUUUAUGAAUUCAUCUCAAUGAAAGUAUAAAACGGUUAUUGCCGAUCAGCCACACACUCACAAAUUGUAUCAAUAAUCUCUAUGUCAUAACAGUUCUAUAUUUCAUUGCAUUUUAGUGGGUUUUUUCGUUUACAGGAUAUAAGGAAUUUUAGAAGGUGUGCAGUUGCAUCUAUAUACAAAUAUUUAUGUGAGGAACUAUAUUUGAUCUUGAGCUUAAGUUUUUCAAUAUAGUUUCUGGUCUACAUUAAUAUUCGUUCGUUUACUUGGGUUUCAGUGUAUGUCUUUUCAAUGUUCGUUAUCGUGAUUGUCUUUUGUAAUAUUUAUAAACUGUGUCGUCUAUUUGUUAAUUCUUUGGCGUCAUUUUGACUUCAGUUAAAUUUAAUUUCUUAGAAACACGGACUCCGACGGAUUAGAGAAUUUCUUUGGAUGCGUAAAGUCGUGUUGCCAAAUAGCGUGCUCAGUAACGCCCCGGCAAUUUCGUUCCGGCUACACAACAAUGAUUUUAAAUAAUCUCAUGAACGCGAAGUCGACUUCUACGAACUGCGAACCGGACCAUUCUGUAGCUCUCCUAGAUGAUGUACAUGAUCUCAUUGAAAAUCAUAUCUCCAAUGUUCAAAUGGAGAGCAAUGAAACUCGAAACCAAGUCGAGGAUUCGUGUUCUGAUGUAUUGUUUGACCCGGAAUUCUCUGAAAAUGAACUGAACUUUUUUGAAUCACGGGCAUCCGAAGAAACUGCUAGCAUUGCGUGCUCAAAAAUUUUAGAACGAAUACAUUGUGAUAAUUGCCGGCACUAUUUACUAGCCGAAUUUGAAAAAGAUGAAAUUGCAACUGCUUCAAUCCCCAAAUGGCCGUCGCCGAA